AUGGCAUUCUUUGCUGGCCUGGGCGAAAACAAGGGUCAGAUAGAAGAAAACAUUGAUCUUGUUUUCGAUAAGGUCCACACAAAUGUUGGAGAUGCCUAUGAUAAACAAACUGGAAGAGUCACUAUUCCUUUCUCUGGAUUGUAUCAUUUUACUGUCGUGAUUGCUGCCCAGGGGGGACAAAAGGCUGCUGUGAUGUUGAUGAACAACGGAACGAUGGUGGAGACAAUAUGGGCAGAGAGUAUACCGUUGUGGGCGACGUCGUCAAACACCGCCAUAUUGAAUCUAACAUCCGGGGACCAGGUCUGGCUCGUACUUCUAAAGCGUGCGCCAUAUAUCCAUGGUUACAUGUAUUCGUCUUUUUCUGGGUAUUCAUUAUUUGACACAGAAAAUGAAGAAAACGAAGCACCACAAGACGAUGAUAAAAUUAAUGGAAAGUCUUAAGUUAGUAAAAAGUGUAAAAAGUUUGCUUUUAAAAGUAAAGUACGAUAUACAAAAAGAACAUUGAUCUUUUUUUAUUAUGCAAAACAAAAAGAAGAUUUAUUCAGGUUAUCAUAAGCUUUUAUUUUUUGAAACACGUUUUUGAAGAAAGAAAAUAUAAGAAAAAAAAUUACCAUUGAACGGAAAAAUAUAUUUUUAAUUGUAGAAAACGUCACCGCUUUUAUUAUAAUAUAUACAAAUUAGGCUUUGUUUAUUUUUGUAUAAAUAUCGACAUUAGCAAUAUCAAAGGACAUUAAUGGAAUAAACAUCAUUAAAACGUCAAACGGCAACAUGCAAAAACAGAACAACGCAAUUCACGUCAUGUACAUCCAGUAACGAAGGGAUUUGAAAAGGAAUUGUGAAACAGUAAGACCGAACUGCACAAAAAUCAGACAUUAAGAAGCAUAUUUUCAAAAUGAUUAUGAUAACUGUAUGAAUAAAUACAAGGAACAAUAUAUUUAUAAACUACAGAUAUGGUGUUUGUAUUAUCUAUAUAUUAAUUAUGUUUUCCUUGAAAUUACUUUAACUUCAACAGUUUGUAUCUAUUAACAUCUGUUACGUACCUCUUGAAUAGUGUCUAUCACAGGAAAAUAUUAUGUUAAAAUAUAUUGUUUUCUGGAAUUUUCACAAGAAAAUAAGAUCUUAGGAAGGUUGAGUGUCAGAAAUAAUUGACGACGUGUAUCAGCAUAUAUAUUGUUUCUGGCCAGUUUAACAACUAUUAGUUUCUAUAGUCAGUCUAUGAUAUAUUAUUGUAAAUUGGUUUUUUGGGGUUUUCAGGUUUUCAUUUAUAUUUUCUUUUGUUUCAAUAAAUGUUAUGUAUGUAUUAAAGAUUUUAUUGUUUAUUUUUUAUUGAUUUUUAAUUAUAUAUGUAGAUGAUGCAAUAAAUAUUAUUAAUUAAGAAAUUCUUGUGUGUAUUAAAUCUUACUUAUUAUCACGCAAAAGGUUGCAAACAAAAAGCGAUUGAGUAAAUAAACAAGAAUUUUGUCCGUACUCCACUGUUCUAUCAAUCUACUGACUCUAUAUGAAUUUAUUUUGGCUAUGCGGGACACAAGAUUCAAAUCCUUUACUAAGUCAAGGGCAAAACCUCUACAAAUACUGAAUGAGUACAUAAAACAAACCCCCAAGUGUAUAACAACACAUGCUGACCAACAUUCUUGUAUUUGUUUAGGACUACAGUGCAAAUAUUAUUUGAGCUAUGCAUUUGCAAGUUUACUAAAUUGCAAAUUUAUACGAAGCCAAGGACAGUAACUCUAACAAAAAUGGAAAAAAUUGACACGCAAAACACAAGGUUCAUAGCUUUACAUGUUGAAAAACAUUCCUGUCAAGUUGGUUGAUUAUAGCUCAAGCACACAAGGUACACAUAGCAUAGCAUUUUUGAAUGGUUUAUCUGUAAUGUGCAGGCUUCAUAACCUCAGAUUCUCUUUCAAAGUUCCAUUUUAUUUUGUUACGCACAUUGUUUGUCGUUUAGGGCAAAAUCGUUCUUUUACUUGGGGA